AUAGCACUUUGGUCGUUAUAUUAUUAUAAAUAAAGUGUUUUUGUGUCAGUAUCAUAACAGCAGUCAUAUAUGUAGAACAAGCUUAAUGAAGCAAAAAAAAAAAAUUAUUAUUUUAAUACUUAAAAAUUGGGGUUUUUCCAAUUAUUGUUUUUGGAUGUACGGUGAAAAGUUUGACUAAUGAGUAAUGUGUCGUUUGAUAUUUUUGGCAACUUUAAGUUUUCCUUCAAUCAUUUAUUUAGAACGGCUACAAUAAGUCAGUCCUAUGUCAAAUAACGCCUUCUCUAUUGCAUACAUAUGUAUGCAAUUCUAUUUUCGAUUCAGCUAAUGUUCUCCGUAGUAAAAUUCUAUUUUUAUUUUAAACUUGGCUUCCGUCAAAUCAAACCCGUAUUAAACGAAUUAAAAACACAAUACAUGCGCGAUUUCUAAAAUAAAAGUUUUUAUUAUUACCCCGUAUACGCCGCGGCCACACUUUGUCGUCCAUUGGUCACAGCGGACCCUUCCACUCACUCACUCGAAAGUUUGGUGUCGUGCAUCGUAAACGUCCACAACAAUAAUCGUAUAAUAAUUUACCGCGUAGUACACACCGCAGCUAAGGGCACGUUUUUUAAACCGGGCUUUUUCAUUAGACCGAAAAUAGAUCACGGUCACUAUAUAUACGGCGGCCUCGGCUCCACGCGACACGUCGUUUAUUUGCUCUGCGCCAGUGUUUGCCACGGAUGCAGUGAUUUCAGACUUUAGUUCUAUUCGUCGCACGUUGUCCGCCGGUGAACAAGUCCCGCGCAGCCGUGUCUCAUCUCACAGAUCCGCCAUGAGCUCUUACACUAACAAUAUCCGAAAAUCCCGACCGUCGUCCUCGUCAUCAUCAUCUUCGUCUUACGCCAGGCCUAGGAGUGUUUACAGUUCUCCGUCCCGGAAUAAUGCCAUGUACUCGUCCUUGGGCCUGUCCGCCCCCUAUCUAGGCACUUCGUCCUACUCGUCCACCAUUCCUUCAUAUUCCACGUCCACCUAUGGCGGCACCGCUUCCGGGUACGGUGGCUUGACCAUAACCCCGUCGUCAUCGUCUCCCAGUUUUUCGUCGUAUUCCGGCCGGACUGCGUCCCCGUCGUCAUCGAUCCACUCACUCGCCUCCCCGUCUUCCCGCAAUUCACACGUUUCUAAAUCGUCCCGACUCCCUCAUGCUUCACUCAAACGAAACUACUACCAAAGUCCGCUGUCCAGAUUUGACUCGUCCACAUCAUUGGCUUCUAGUAAGAGCUAUGGAUCCGAGGGAUACGCGGAUGAUUUGUGUAUUACUGAUUAAAUAUACAUUAACAGUUAAAUUAAAAGAAAAACCGAUUUUUUCACUUCCACCAAUCACAGAAAAAAAAUCAACACCAUUAUAAUAUUACGAUUGAUCUACUAUGAUCUAGUUUUCAGUUUUC